AAAUUGAAGAGGGUCCAAAUAGGAGGUCUCCUCCGUCGCACAGCGCCACCACGCCAUCCUUGGGUGAACCUGCCAUUAACGGAGACAACGACUGUCGCUGCCGCCUCCCUUCGCCGGAGCUCCGUGACCGGAUCCUCACCUUGGAGCGCUGAUGAGACUGCCAACGCCCCACAUCCACCAUCUCUAGCUUCGCCACCGAACGGAGACGGUAACCAACGAACAAAUUCGGUGAUUUUCCGUCAGGAUUGCUAAAACUAUGUGAUAGAAGACCCCGCUGUGAGCAUAUGGUGAUAACAAAAAGCCUAAAAAAAAGAAAACAGUUGUAAGAUUAAUGGUAUGGACUAUGACGAAUCCUUGGCGCCUCUAUUAUGAUCAAAAACCUCUUAUCCAACGGCUUUACCUGCAAUUCAAACUCAAUUCUCCAUCGCCAAGAUUUGCCUUCAUCUCUACGCUCUCUGCAGUUCACGAUUUUCACAAUCCUGUUAUUCUGAGAUUCACCGGAACUAUUGACUCCCCUUCUACUUUGUCAUCCUACACAAAGCUCCUUUCUCACCUUUCUCAGAUCAAGUCUCUAGUCCCAGGUCUACAAAUCCAUGCGUGUGUAACAAAGCUUGGGUUGUCUCAAGACAGUAAACAUAGAAACCAUUUGAUAAAUCUUUAUUCAAAAUGUGGGGUUUUUGGGCAUGCCCACAAGCUAAUCGAGGAAAGUCCCGAACCAGACUUGGUUUCUUGGUCUUCUUUGAUGUCUGGGUAUGCCCAGAAUGGGCUUGGGGAAGAGGCUACCUUAGCCUUCCAAAAGAUGCAUUCUUUGGGACUUAAGUGUAAUGAGUUUGCAUUCCCUAGUGUGCUUAAGGCUUGCUCGCUUAAAAAGGAUCUUUUGCUUGGGAAGCAGAUUCAUGGUGUUGUGAUGGUGACUGGGUUUGGAUCUGAUGUAUUUGUGGCCAACACAUUGGUUGUUUUGUAUGCGAAAUGUGGGGAGCUAUUGGAUUCUAGGAGACUGUUUGAGGAGAUCCCGGAAAGGAAUGUUGUGUCGUGGAAUGCUUUGUUUUCUUGUUACACACAGAGUGACUAUUUCGGGGAAGCUGUGUGCUUGUUUCAAGAAAUGAUUGAGAGUGGAAUAAGGCCAGAUGAGUACAGUUUAUCCACAAUAUUGAAUGCUUGUACAGGAUUAGCAGAUAUUGGUUUAGGGAAGAAAAUCCACGGUUAUCUGUUAAAGCUCGGUUAUGAUUCAGACCCUUUCUCCUCUAAUGCACUUGUAGACAUGUAUUCAAAAUUGGGGGACUUGACGGAUGCCAUUGCUGUUUUUCAGGGAAUUGCAGAACCCGACAUUGUUUCCUGGAAUGCUUUAAUUGCUGGAUGUGUUCUCCGCGAGUGUCAUGACCAUGCUUUGGAUAUGCUGUGCCAGAUGAGAAGGUCUGGAAUGCGGCCAAAUAUGUUCACUUUAUCAAGUGCUCUGAAAGCUUGUGCUGCACUGCAGCUGCAGCGAACAGGUAAAACAUUGCAUUCUCUUUUAAUCAAGAAUGACAUAGUAUUAGAUCCAUUUGUGAGUGUUGGCCUUAUUGAUAUGUAUUGCAAAUGCGACCUGAUGAACAAUGCAAGACUAAUCUAUGAUUUGAUGCCUGAGAAGGACUUGAUUGCACUGAAUGCUAUGAUCUCUGGGUAUUCACAGAAUGAGGCAGACACAGAAUGUCUAACCCUUUUCACUGAGAUGCACGAGAAAGGAAUCAUAUUUGAUCAGACAACUUUACUAGUAGUCCUCAACUCCACUGCCGGCUUGCAGGCUGCUGAUGUCUGUAAACAAGUCCAUGCACUUUGUGUUAAGUCGGGGUUUCAGUCUGAUGCAUUUGUGAUAAAUAGUCUCAUUGAUUCAUACGGAAAAUGUAGCCUGCUGGUGGAUGCAGCUAAAAUUUUUGACGAAUGCCCGAUUGUAGAUUUGCCAUCAUUUACCUCUUUGAUUACAGCUUAUGCUCAAUAUGGACAAGGUGAAGAAGCUUUUAAGCUAUAUUUAAGGUUGCAAGAUAUAGGUAUAAUGCCCGACUCAUUUGUUUGCAGUUCCCUCCUGAAUGCAUGUGCAAAUCUGUCAGCGUAUGAACAGGGGAAACAAAUGCACGUUCAUGUCAUGAAACACGGGUUCAUGUCUGAUACCUUUGCUGGCAAUUCUCUGGUAAACAUGUAUGCCAAAUGUGGAAGCAUAGAGGAUGCUGGGCGUGCUUUCUCUGAGGUUCCAAACAAAAGUAUUGUCUCGUGGUCAGCUAUGAUUGCGGGACUUGCCCAGCAUGGACAUGCAACGAAGGCGCUUAAUUUGUUCAGUGAAAUGCUUAGGGAUGGUAUUUCCCCCAAUCACAUAACACUAGUUAGUGUCCUCUGUGCAUGUAACCAUGCUGGUUUAGUUGCAGAGGCAAAAAACUAUUUCCAGACGAUGAACGAGACAUUUGGAGUGGAACCAACACAAGAGCACUACGCCUGCAUGAUUGAUGUCCUGGGGCGAGCAGGAGAGCUGGACGAGGCUAUUGAUCUCAUUAAUAAGAUGCCUUUCGAGGCUAAUGCAUCUGUAUGGGGGGCACUUCUUGGUGCUGCAAGAAUCCAUAAAAACGUGCAACUAGGCGAAGAAGCUGCACACAAGCUUUUCAACCUUGAGCCAGAGAAAUCUGGGACACAUGUUCUUCUUGCAAAUAUUUAUGCAUCAGUUGGGCUGUGGGGAAAUGUAGCAGAGGUGAGAAGGUUGAUGAAAGACAGCAAAGUAAAGAAGGAACCUGGGAUGAGCUGGAUUGAAGUCAAGGACAUGGUAUACUCAUUUAUCGUGGGCGACAGAAGCCAUCCUAGAAGCCAAGAAAUAUACGCCAAACUCGAGGAGUUGGGAGACCUAAUGGUGAAAGCUGGGUAUGUUCCAAUGGUAGAGGUAGAUCUCCACGAUGUCGAAAGGCGACAAAAAGAGAUCCUCCUCUCUUACCACAGCGAGAAACUCGCUGUGGCAUUCGGGUUGAUUGCUACUCCACCUGGAGCUCCCAUCAGGGUGAAGAAGAACCUUAGGAUUUGCUUGGACUGCCACACAGCCUUCAAAUUCAUCUGCAAGAUUGUCUCAAGAGAAAUCAUCAUUAGAGAUAUCAACAGGUUCCACCAUUUCAAAGAUGGAUCUUGUUCUUGCGGGGAUUACUGGUAACCUUUCAACAUGUUUCUGUGUAGAAAGUUGAGGUGUGAAUUAAACCGACUAAAUUUUCAAGGAUUCUAUACUGUGGUUUCGGAGAAAAAUGAUGAGCUGAUUACUGUGGCUACUGUAAGGCCAAGCGGAGGAGGAUCUGGUGUCAGCGCCCCAGCUCCAGUUCCCCCUAGUCCUUGCGUUCAAACCAACGCUCCCUCUCUGCUCAGCUAAAGCGACGUUGGAUUACUCGGCCACGGGCGCUGAGCAGAAGGAAGACGAGACGUUCAAAUGCUACCAGCGCAGGAGAACGCUGCAGCCUGUGGAAGCUAAGCUGACGUAACGAGAGCAGAGAAUUUGGAUAUGAAUUUUGUUGAUGAGGUUGAAAUGAGGGGAGAUGACAACACUGAGGAGGCUGUGAAGUUGGGAUAUUUGAACACAGAUUCCGAGUUUCUCAAGCAAGAUCUUCGAGGCGGUGGUUGCUGUAUCUUAAACAAUGGGUUAUAGCAGAACCAGAAACCAGGCUUAUGGGAAUUCUUGAUCCUUGCAUCCGAUGGCUUAUGGGAUAAGGUUAGUAAUCAGGAAGCUGUAGAUGCUGUUCGUCCAUUGUGCACAGGCUCAGAGAAGCCCCAACUGCUGUCAGCCUGCAGGAAGCUCGUCGAUCUCUCAGUCUCGAGGCUCUUUUGACGACGUAAGUGUGAUGCUAGUUCAAUUGCGAAAUUUUCAACGAUAUGGUCUUUGCAUAUAGGCUUAUAGAGAGAGUAGGAAGUGUAUAGUUCUUUCGCCGGCUAACUGACCAGAGACAGACUUCAUUUCUCUGAUGAUCUCAUGUUGCCGGAGAUGACCAUUGAUGAUGGAUGUGUAGAACAUAUUCAGUGGUCUAGGCGCCUGACUUUUUGGUUUCUAAUUCAUCAUUUUUGCUACAAAUUCUGCGUUGUAAAUUGUAUAAAAUCCAUAGAUUUCAACUCUCUAGUGCUUUCAGAUUAGGGAAACAUUUUAUUUUAAGUCUUGCAGUUGUUACUAGUUUUUCUAAGUAUGAAAUACAAUGAUGACUUUGUCAUCCGAGGUACCGAUCGAGAGGAAAUUUAUCGGAUGUUGUCAUGUUGACUAUAGGAGACUAGACUCUUUCUGAUGUUGACUUGGCUAAGUAUAAUUAUAAUCAUGUAUAAUUACUCUAUCAUUAUAAUAAGAUGUUGUCAUGUA